ACCUAAGUACAAUGUUUUUAAUUUACCUAUAUCCAAUAAGCAUCGGGCUUAUUUUGUUUUAAAUUAUUUUUGACGAUACUAUUAUCAAGUAUCGUAAUUUCAAUAGCAUGCUUGUUAAUUUGCUCUUAAUUUUCUGAUUAUUUCAAGUCAAUAGAGCUAUCAAGGGUCACAAAACUAGGUGUGACAUAGUGACAGAUUUCCUAUAUAGGUCAGGUCGACCCCUAUUGGAUUCAAUCGUUAUUAUGUUGGUCUAUUUCAAAAUACGAGAUUUAUACAUGACUCUUCCGAAUGUUUAAUUUUAUGUUACAAUAUCUUCAUUUACCAUGUAAACAGAACUCAAAUUAAGGUGGUCCUGAAAUAGUUAAGUAUUUGGUUACCUUACGUUGUCUCUACAGAGGAACUUCCCUAAACUAAUUUAUUUUAAUACGAAAUGAAAGCCCUUUUUAAGGACUGCAUGACGAUGUACACUAUUCAAUGCAACUAGAAUAUCAAUAAAUGGAAUUAAAAAAAUAAAAUAAUGAACCGUAAAUAUCUGAAGUUCGAGAGUUCCGGGGUUUUACCGGAAAGUCUUCAGAACUUUUGUAAAUGAAGAUGACCCAGGCCAAACAUUUCUCAUAUGCAAAUAUGCAGUAGGCAUUAUCAAACACUGUUUGCACACUGACAAUGCAUUCGCAAACAUGUAGAUUCUCAAAAGUUUCGAGUAGGUGAUCAAAACAGUGUAAUUUCGUUCUGGAUGCACAGUUAAGAAUACACUGUAAGUGUUAUUAAAAUUCAUCAUUAAAUUAGCGAUAUAACUGACAGCCCCUUUAUCAAGGAUCAAUCAAGCCCGUCAGCUGUUACAACAAUAUCAAAAAUCAAAUCCCUUCUAUCUAUAAUCAAACUCAUUAGAACCGCCUAAUCACGUAUCGCCGUAACGAUGACGAUAAAAUUCAUAAUCGGUAAUCAUCAGCCAUGAAGACUCCUAUAAUUGUCUCGACGAUUUAUUAUUUAACAACCAUUGUUUGUGCAAUUCACCAUUUCCGUUUGGUUGCAGCACUCAAUACAAUGGUGUACCAAUGCGCUGUGCACUAGAGGCAUUGUGUUGCCACUAACAUUCGUUCUGCAGCCAGCACUGAGGCGCUCCAAUGCAUUUUUGGAUAGACAAACGCAGCCAGUGCGCGUACACCGGCCGUCAUCGUGUUCCAUCCUCACUUUCUGCUGGGCGCGCGCGGGGCCGCGUGUGCGCGGGCGGGGGCGGCCGCAAGGGCAUGGCCGCGCCCGUGCACCGCUUCGCCGCCGUCGACUGCCCGCCGCGCCGCCCGCACCGCACGCUCCGACACUAUGGGCCGCCUCCGAUGCCGGCGGUGCACGCAGCGCGUCGCCAGAACGACGAGCCGAGCCUGUACGUGGAGAUCCCGGCGGAGCCCCCGCAGCCCACCAUCGCCAGCCUGGCGGCCGCGCGCUCCGUCACCCCGGACACCUUACUCCGGACCGCAGCCCUAGGCCUCCACCACUCGCCCAUGAUGGCCCCGCACCUCAAGUUCGGCAUGCUGGUCUCCUUCGCUCUCGCCACCGUGUUUUUAGCUGGAGCUAAGUACUAUUUUGAUCGUCAGGUGCUCCGCGAGCGCGGCGGCGGCGGCGCGGGGGGCGGCGGCGAGGCCAGCGUGGUGUGCGCGGCGGUGGCGUGCGUGUGCGGCGUGGGCUGCGCGCUGUCGCUGUGUCGCGCGCGCCCGCCGCCGCCGCUGCCGCCGGACCGCGUGUCCUCCACCGCGCAGCGGGACCGACUCCCCCCACCCCCAUCGGAGCCCUCGGACGACAUCUCGCUGGCGACGCUGCUGCAGUCGUCGGAGCGCUCGGGCUCCGGGCGCGGCGCGGAGGGCGGCGGCGGGGCGGAGGCGCCGCCCCCGUACAAGAUCGCGGUGCUGAUGCCGGGCCGCGCCGCCAGCCCGCCGCCGCCCGCCUACAGCGAGCUCAGCUAGCCCGCCGCGCCCGUGACCAGGGAGUUCAUCAUCUAGGCGCCCACCCGGGUAAGGUGCACUCGCUCACACGCUUCCACGACACAACACUACUAUAUGAUUCGAGCGUUUUUAUAAUUCCGUUUGUAGUCAUUUUAAUUCUCUGGCAACACCUAGUCUUGUCAUAAGUGUUGCCAGUUUUAUAAAAUUUGUAAGUUUUGGUAGUUUAUAUUUUUGGCAAGCAAAGAGGGUCGCUCUUGGCAGCGAUAAUAUACAAUACAAAGGCGGCGUUCGAUGUAGAUUUUGUACUGAAUAAGACUAUUGUUUUCCAAAUAUGAGGAUAAAUAUAAUUUUGCGAAUAUUUGUAUGGCUUCCAUAAUUUUAAUGAGGAUAUAUUUUUAGGUAGCUAUGGUGAUUGAGCCAGUUUUUUUCCAACGCGGAAUUUAGCAUUUUACUUUGGAUAGUGAUCCAGACCAGCCCUUACCCAGUAGAGUAGGCUAACCUAUGUGAACUGACCCUGAGUCACGUACAUCAUCACAAAUGAACUUAUAAUCACCAUCACCUUUACAAUUUCUCCCACCAUUUCCCAAUAUUCCAAGUUUUUGAUCCCUACCAGAUAUUGUAAAAGAAAUUAAACAUUUUAGCACCGUUUAACACUUUAUAUGGCAAUGGUAGUAUUUUUAACGACAAAAUAUGUCAAUCAGAACUUAGAUAUUAAAUAAGACAAAUAUCUGUUUCAAUAAUAUUUAAUGGAGAAUUUUAAAAGAAUUGCUAACUUUAUUAAUUUAAAAGCCUCAAUUAGUCUGUGUUUUUAUAUAAUGGCUGAUAAAAUAUAUGUCUUAGCUGCAUGGGUUGCAACAUUUAAAAUUCUCCAGAAAAUGGAUAAAACGAGUAAUCGAUAACCAAAAUACAUAAAUGGAAAUCAUUUAACAAAUGAUUGUAUUUCAACGUGAACAUUUCUUGGAGAUUGAUGGAGACAAUUGUGGAAACCAAGACUAGUCAACAAUUGUUGUAAGGAACAAGAAACUUAACGUAAAUCUGUCCGUAACUUGACCGAUCUCGAUGUAAUGAAAGUCAUUAUAUAGAUGUAUUUUAGGAGUUUUACCAAUCAUCACGCUAUAGUAAGGUUUAAAUGUAAAUAACAAUAAAUACGGUGUUCAAUAAACGAAAAAAAAAAAAUUGAAAUAUUUUUAGAUGUCUCGAAACUAGUUUUGUAUCGCAUAUAACGGAUAGAGAGAUAAUCUUAAACCCCAUUUAUUAUUAUAUGUUUAGAAUAGUACUAUACAGCGUGUUAACAAAAGGCUAAAACAGGAAAUAUUUUACAUACGAUUCUGACACUAAUAAAACAAUAUACAGUUGAAAACUUUUAACAAAAUAUGGAAAACCAGUGCAGUAAUCUGCACUAUGUCCUAAACUAUACUGGUGUCUGCAGCCAGAGAUUUUUACUGUUACUUUAAGCCUUUUUUUAUUAACACGCUGUAUAUAGUUUAUAGUAUAGUAUGUCUGUGGUGAAUAAACAUGUAUUUAUUAUACAGGCUGAUACUGUUUGCCUACAGGCGUUCUAAUUUUAUUGCUAAAUAAUAAGGCCAUUAUUUGCUAAGUCAAACGUCCUGUAUAGCGGGGACCAUUUGGUCUCCGCGAUUAGUUUGUAAAUUAGGACAUCUGUAGCCAUUAAUACUGGUAAAUGAGAAUAUUAAUUGUACUGUCAGCAGAGGAAGAGGUAAAACGAAAAAAGAAGAGUCACACGAAUGUAUACCAAUGAUAUUUUAAUGUAUUUUAUGCUGACGGUACAAAAUUUACCAUGUUAAAAAAUGGGUUGCCAGACAUUGGCUGAAGUAUUGCCAGACCUAAAUAACUUUACAAGUAGGUUUUAAAAAAUGUUAACGCACUUUUUCAUCACUAAAACUGUUUGAUAAACACAACUUAAAACCUAAGUCAGUUUUAUAGUACCGUGGUUUAAAUAGAAAACAAUACUUUUAAGAUGCAUUUCUUACACCAUUCCAAUAUUUUUAAUCUGGCAACCUACCGUAAAAGUCAUGAAAAACUUAUCGGUGUUACCUUGUAAGGGGUUUUCCGUUGAAAACUUGAAACAUACCGAAUACGAAUAAUUUUAAAACCUUACUGAAUGGUGAAUUGAUAAUGAAAGCGGUGUACAAGUACUCGUUUCUUUGGAAAAUAUUAAAAAUCAUUUAAUAUGGAUAUUUUCGCUGGACUAUUAACGCACAAAGGUAUUUCUGUUGCAAAGAAAAUGUAUCAAUUAAAAGAAUUUAUUUUCAACAGAGCAAAAAUAAUUUCAAGCUAAAUCUGUUGGAGUUGUGAAAGCGAGAAGCCGAACUAUACCGUUGUCUCACUUCCACUUUGUCCAAUUGUCAAUUGACCAUCACAUUAUACAUUCCCAAUUGCUAUAAUUUGAAUGCCAAUAAAAAAAAUGAUUUUUAAGCUCCAAAGAGGUCCAAUCCACUGUAUUUUUAAUAUUCUCGUUUAGAAACACGAACAGUCACUGCUAAUAAUAAUAAGUCUAGUCAUAUUAGCUCUAAUGAAUGUGAUGUAAAUUAGUUGGAGGUUUCGAUUUGUUGGCGUUUGCAAUAUGUUUUACAAUGUGUUCCUUUUAUAGAAAAGGACUGAUCAGUUCGUCUUUUAUAACAGACGCUUCGUUAUUAAAGAUUGUAUAACUGUGGU